AUGGCCGCCAUUGGAGACGACGCUGCUGCAAUGGACAGCAUUUCCAGGUCCCCCGGGGCUCAUUCCACUCCUCCGAACGCUCCCGUGGAUUUAGGGAGUCAUGGGGAAAAUGCAGAGGACGCGAAUGAAGCACCGAUGCCUCUGGUUAAAAAAAUCAACAACAAUAGUGACGGUGGUGUGGAAACUGCAGAAGAAGCUGUGGAGCCAGCAGAGCCUGACAUCAACGAGUUGUGUAGUGACAUGUUUGAAAAGAUGGCAAUAUUUCUUCAAGGAGAGCUCACAGCCACUUGCGAGGAUUAUCGCCUGUUGGAGAACAUGAACAAGCUAACUAGUCUGAAAUAUAUGGAGAUGAAAGAUAUCAGUAUAAACAUCAGCCGAAACUUGCAGGACCUUAACAAUAAAUAUGCUAGUCUCCAGCCCUACCUGGACCAGAUAAAUCAGAUUGAGGAGCAAGUGUCUUCACUUGAACAAGCUGCUUAUAAACUGGACGCAUAUUCCAAAAAACUAGAGGCCAGAUUCAAAAAACUUGAGAAGCGAUGA